UAUGCCCUCUACGGUGUUUCCAGUAGAUAACAUGUUUAACAUCAUCUGUGAAUAAUAAUAUUUGAUAGAUAAGAAUAACAUUAUCAUACCACUCCUCUGAAGUGUAGCUUAAAGUAGAAACGUGCGUGCACCAAACCAAUAAAAAGCGACAACCGAAAAGUGUUAAACUAUGGCUCAUUUGGAACUCAAAUUUGACGCACCGCCGAUUGUUUCCACUCGAUUAGCCGAGGAAUAUAUACUAGCCUAUAAUGAUGAAUUUAAAAACGUAACACACACUGCACCUGAGGUGUUACGAUUUGAUUUAAUUCCACCAGAACUGGAUAUAAUUCUCGCUAAAAGGAAACUGGCAAAGAGCAUUGAGAAAAACGCAGAGUUAUUUUGUCAACUUGAAUAUAUGUUAAGGAACAGAACUAUAGAGGAAGUGAAAAAUAUCGAUUUGAAAUUAAUUGAAAAUACCUUAUUGGACAGCGCUGAACCGCGAGUUUGUACGAAUAAUCAUGUAUUAAACAUGGGUGACGACACCCCUUUAGCUUUCCUCGGCUUCUUCAGUUAUGCUUAUCCGCAUUUUCACGUUUACUGCACAGAAAUAACAGUUCCAGUAUGUUUUCUUUUCAAACAGCUGUGCGCAGAUGUUGGAUUGAAAGUCGACAUUGUGAGGUCCGGUAGCCCAUUAAAAUCAGAUUUCAAUACAUUCUGUACUGGAAUAAUCACAGAGAAGAGUGAUAUUGACUCUGCAGCCGAUGCCUUCCUUGUAUCUACAUCGCAGAAGCCUUGGAGACUGCAGCGGAUCCUGGUCCAGGAGAACGUUUAUCAAACAUUUAAAAAAUGUAUAGAGUAUAAAAGCAAAUUGAAAGAACAAGAGAAUGUACAAGUGUCGGAGGACGUUAAAAAAUUAUCCUCCGAGUUGUAUGUGUACAAAGAUAAAGUAUUCAUAUUUGAUUUUGUCGGCGAUAAAGCAGUCGUAGAUAGUGGAUCUCACAAUAUAUACGUCGAGGCUUAUAGAACGACCAAAGAAGUACUAACUUUAAUUCAAAAUGCAAUUCUAUUAUCAUUAUGGUCGAAUGAUAUCUCAGAAGCGCAUGAGAUUGCCCUCCAAGCGCCAUCUGUUUUAGUUUGGGUGAACGACUUCGGAAACAUGAAUGGGCCACCAAUGACAGCCCGAUGGUUGUACAAGCAAGCCAACAUAUUGGAUCUAUCGAUUAAUCAAUCAGAGAUUAAGAAACGUUUAAAUUCUUGGACGAGAUUCGAUGGUUCAAAACAACGUAUAAAUAUAAUGUGGAAAGCGUUGGAGAAAUACAAAAAUGAACAGGACUCUGAUAAUGAAAUAGUGACGUUAGUGGAAAAGAUAUUAAUGUCGUUCCGAGAGGACAAAUUUUUUGAAAUUGACAAUGGCAGAAUGUAUAUGACUCUGGGACUACCUGUAGGAAUAAUACCCAUAGCUAUAAAUUAUUUAGAUGAUGUACAGAAAAUGAUAAAAUCAUUGCUUAUAGGCAACGGGCAUAUAGUUUCAAUAAAUGAAAAUUUUCCGCAAGUGAAAUUAUUAAUUGAAGUUCUAGAGGACAGUGGAGCGCCUGUUACGAUCAAUACAAUUGGCGAUCAAGUACAAGGAAGCAGUUACAUCAAAUAUAAAACUAUCAUUUCAGAGUUCGGUACUAUAUUUGCUAAUUGAUUUGUUAAAUCAAUACAUAGCUGUAAUAAAGAACGCUCCCGUUCCUUAUGGCACUCUGUGGGGGAAACCUGUGUUUAGGAAUAAAAAAAAUAUAUAUUAACAUUUAUAAAUGUAUUUAGAUUUUUCAUGAGGUUAAAAGUUGUAUUAAGUAUAAAUUUAUUUCUAGUUUUAUAUAUAUAUAUAUAUAUAUAUAUAUAUAUAUAUAUAUAUAUAUAUAUAUAUAUAUAUAUAUAUAUAGUCUGUAAGCUUAGUUGUGUUCAAGUAUAUCGAAUAAAUAUAAGAAUACUAUAUUUUUAUACUCACAAAAUAUGAAAUAUAUUUUUUUUAUUAA